CGAGAUAGACUUCGCGACCAUCGUCACCUCCACGACCUCGCCGGGCCUCUUCUGUCCUUGGCUUCGACCUGUCUCUACCUCGCGCGACCAAUGGGUCAUACAGUCAUUAACGUGUCUACCGGCUGAAUGUCAUCCGCUCUGCGGACGUCUCUACGCUUUUCGCGCCUCCGUUGCGGCUCACUUCCAUCAAGACAUCUGCUUUAAUUUCUUCAUGAUCAAGAUGCAUUCCGAGAUGCUUUUCUCUUUAUGGGCCUCGUUCGCCCUAUUUGCGCAUACGAUUGCACAGCAUACAGAUCCUGGAGCGCCUACCGCAACGAUUGAUGCAGGCGUCGUCAUUGGCAAAACGACACAAUUACCCGCGGCUACAGCUCCAGUGAAUCAAUUUCUGGGGAUCCCAUUUGCGAAAAGUCCGCCGAAACGAUUUAUGCCAGCAGAAAAGCCAGACCGGUUUUCAGAGCCCAUAGUUGCCACCAGCUGGUCUCCUGCAUGUAUUCAGCAAUUUGUUUACCCAGAGAUCGUCUCCAACUUUGCAAAAUUCAUCUUUGACAAUCCCAGCUCGAAGGAGAGCGAAGACUGUUUGUACUUGAAUGUAUACGCUCCAUCUUCGCCUCCACCGCCGGGCGGCAGAGCUGUCUUAUUUUGGAUAUACGGCGGCGCCUUACAUUUCGGAAAUGCUGGAAUGCAUUUCUACGACGGCAGCAACUUUGCUGCCUAUGAGGAUGUCAUCGUCGUGAGUGCCAACUACCGGACCAACGUGUUCGGAUUUCCUGCAAGCCCGGAGAUUCCAUUAGAAAAGCGCAAUCUAGGAUUUCUUGAUCAGCGACUUGCAUUGGAUUGGGUACAGCGGAACAUUGCUGCAUUCGGCGGCUCACCGAAAAAGGUCACGAUAUUUGGAGAAUCUGCUGGUGCAUGGUCGAUCGACGCCAUGCUUACUUCAUACGAUUCGAAAAGCAAACCGCCAUUCCGAGCAGCGAUACUCCAGAGCGGGCAGAUUUCGUACAAAUACAUGCCACAGAAGAGUUCGGUUCCUGCAUGGAAGAAACUUGUGACUGCUUUGAACUGUCCCGGAUCGCACGAGACCGAUCUGGCUUGUGUUAGUGCCGCCAAUGCGACGGAAAUCCGAAAGAUCAUCAGCGAAGGUAUUAUCGAAUUCAACCCAGUGGCCGACAACAAGACUUUGAUGUCAUUUCCUGCUGCUCAGCGUCUCAAGGGUGAUAUUGCAUUCAUCCCUGUUCUUGGCGGAAGCAACAGUCAAGAAGGACGCGUCUUUGCGCUCACCACAACAAACGCUUCUGCUUUCUUGGAGGCACAGGGCACAGUGGAUGGCUCGAUCAUCAACAAUUUAGUGCGCAACAUCUAUCCUUUGAAUUCGCCUCUCGUUGGAAGCACAGAUUACGACCAAGCCGCCCAGAUUCUCACCGAAAUGGUCUUCCAAUGCUCUCAAGCACGAUGGGCCAAUGACACCGCCAUGAUUGGAAUCCCUACAUGGCGGUACUACUACAAUGCCACUUUUCCCAACACACAACCCUGGGCAAAUCUCGGUGUGUUCCACAGCAGUGAGAUUCCAGUCGUCUUUGGCACCUACGCCGCCUCGAACACCACGACACAGGAAUACGCGCUAUCACAAUUCAUCAUGGGAGCAUGGGCAAAGUUUGCGAAGAACCCUCUCGGUGGUCCGGGCUGGAAUCCCGUUGGGUCCGGCGCUCCCGGAUGGAUGAUAGCCGGCGAUUACGGCAUGGCCACGGCGGGCUUCCUAGUCGCCGAGAACAGCACCAUGAACGAAGGCGGGCACAGCUUAGGUGUCCUUGGAAAUCGCGGAGGGAAUAUGGGAUCGGGCGUGACGGUGAUUGAUCAGAAUGAGGUCGACUUUCGCUGUCAUGUUUUCGACAGUGUAUACGCGACCUUUAACACACCGCCGACUUAGAUAUAGGAUAGAUCUGUAGGCAUACGCGGCUUCUGCGGUUCUUAAAUGAGAUAUGAUUGAAACCU